AAGAAGGCUCCAGGCCAAAUCUUCUCUUAGCAGGGGCCGUGGAGGGGGGAUGGGGAGAGUGAACAAUGAAGUGUGUCUCCUUCUGUUGCAUGGAGAACGCUGGUCCAAACAGAACCAAGUGACCCCUUGACAAGUUGUAACGCUGCAGCCCCCUUUCGGGCUGUUCAGGUGGUCCCACUUUGGAAAAUGUGGCAAAAAGAGUGCAUCCAUGGCUUUGAUGUGGCUUUCCUCGUCUGUCGUGGAGCAGGUGAAGUGCGUUUCACUGCUCAUCGGAGUUGUUGUGCCUUAUCACGCGUGUCCCUAAGGCAGGGAUGGGAUGCUUAUUUGCAGACUCCAUACGACGCGUUGAUGUGUUGAGACAUAAAUAUAGAUACGUCACUCUUGGAUUUGAAACGAACACCAUUGAGUACAAUCUGUAACCUUGUCUAUUUCUAAAUACUGUAUUUACUCAUUCAAGUUGUGGGGGGAAAUGAUAACUUUAAGAGUGAUAAGUGACUGUGCAAAAAAAAAAAAAGGUCUUAUAGGGGAUUAAGAAUCAUUCACAGCCUAUUAAUGUAUAGUUAAGUAGUCAUGUAUAAUGGUCAGAUAUGCUUUUGCUCAGCUAAACUGGUUAUUAUUGUAUCUUAACAUAUCGGAGCAAUAAUCAGAUAUGCAAACAGUAUGUCCAAAACAUCAGCUCAGUCUGAUUGGACAUUUAGUGAGUGAUAUAAUGGCAGUAACAUUGCAUCAUAGCCACAUCAUAAAGUGUCUGAACCAAGAAAAACUAUAGUUCACAUUUUUUUGGGGGGGUUGCAGAAUAGCAUGACUGUUGAUGCUCGACUCGCAAUAAUGAGCAGCGCUAAAAAUAACGCAAUCCUCUUCUAAGUAUAUCCAGCAGCGUGCAGCCAAUCGUCCGAAGCCCAAGAUGGCGACAGCGUCGGCUGUUAAACUGCCAUCGAGUCGUAGCUCGUCAGGAGCCAGACGGAGGAGAACGCGUUGCCGAAAGUGCGAAGCGUGCAUGCGGACAGAGUGUGGGGAGUGUCACUUCUGCAAGGACAUGAAGAAGUUCGGCGGUCCGGGCCGCAUGAAACAGUCCUGCAUUAUGAGACAGUGCAUAGCACCUGUUCUGCCUCACACAGCGGUAUGCGUGGUGUGUAAGGAGGCUGGGAAGGAGGAUACACUGGAGGAAGAGGAGGACAAGUUCAACUUCAUGUUAAUGGAAUGUUCUAUCUGCAACGAAAUUGUCCAUCCCAACUGCCUCAAGGUGAGCGAUGCUUCUGGUGUGGUGAAUGACGAGCUCCCCAACUGCUGGGAAUGCCCGAAGUGCAACCAUGCCGGAAAGAGCGGAAAAGUAUUAAAGCAAAAAAGGGGUCCAGGGUUCAAGUACGCCUCCAACCUCCCUGGCUCUCUGCUGAGGGAGCAGAAGCCUGUGAAGGAGGAGGGGGACAUGUCUUCAUCAGUCAAGAGAAGGCCCGACAGGGAGGAGACACCCAGGCACCGACCCGACGAGCCUCUCCACCGGCAGCCGCCCCUGCUGUCCCCCGGCGGCGUUCCCCGACCCCGCCUCGAGGAUAAGCUGAGGAAGAAGAGGAAGCUCUUUGAUGAAGAGGAGGAAGACGAUUUCAGAGGAAGAAAGAAGGAAAGGUCAGACGAACCUAGUUUUUCAAAACUCCUUCAGCAAAUCAAGAUGGAAGAGGAAGAUGCAUACGAGGACGAUGACGAAGACGGAAGGGAGCUUCACUUCCGGAGUUUCGUGGAGAGAAAUGGGCGUUUGGGUGCUGCUGAGGACUUGGCAGAUGAUAGAGACUAUAGGAGCGAUCUUUUAAAUUCUUCCCUCAAAAUGCCCGUCGUGGAUAGCGACCACUCCCACUGCAGCUCUCCGCAAGCCGGCCCCAGCAGCGAAGGCGGAAGCGAGACCCAGGAGAAAGGCCCUCGACCCAAAGCUCGCCGCAAACGCCGUUUACCCAACAGGGAGCUGAGCAGAGAGCUGAGUAAAGCGCUGAACCAGGAAAUACAGAAGACCGAAGACUGCCUGGCCAACGAGAACCGGCAGCCUCUGAAGGUGGAGCCCGAGUCUGAAAACGAGGAACCCAACAGGUUGUUCCGGAACAGCAAUGACAUGGGCGAGCAGAGGCCCCACCUGAAGACCAAGGAGAUGAACGGCACCCCCUGGGAGCUGCGCCACUUCUACCCGAGUCAGAUCACUCCGCUGGGCUUCAACAGGAGCACGCCGACCACCCGGCCGGUGCCUCCGCGCUCGCCGCCCAAGUGUGUCCAAAUGGAGCGGCACGUCAUUCGGCCCCCCCCGAUAAGCCCGCCUCCCGACAGGCUGCCUCUCAAAGACGGGAAAAUGCAUGUCCUCCAGCGUGAGGUCUGGAUGAAGAUCUUCAACCACCUCACACAUCAGGAGCUCUGCUGCUGCAUGAGAGUGUCCAAGACCUGGAACAGAUGGUGCUGCGAUAAAAGACUUUGGACCAAGAUCGAUCUGAACCGCUGCACUUCCAUCACGCCACUCAUGCUGAGCGGGAUCAUUCGGCGACAGCCGCUCUCCCUGGACCUCAGCUGGACCAACAUUUCCAAGAAACAACUCAGCUGGCUGAUUAACAGAUUGCCAGGUCUGCGAGUGUUAAAGUUAUCUGGGUGUUCGUGGGCGGCCGUAUCUGCACUCUGCACGUCCAGCUGCCCGCUGCUACGAACGCUGGACGUCCAGUGGGUGGAGGGACUCAAGGACGCACAGAUGAGGGAUCUCCUGUCACCUCCCACAGACAACAGGCCAGGUCAGCUGGAUAACCGCUGCAAAUUGCGGAAUGUGGAGGAUCUGCGUCUGGCGGGUCUGGACAUCACCGACACGUCCCUACGCCUCAUCAUUCGCCAGAUGCCUCUGCUGUCCCGGCUGGACCUGAGCUACUGCAACCACGUCAACGACCAGUCAGUCAACCUGUUGACGGCGGCGGGAACCACCACUCGAGACUCGCUCACAGAAAUCAACCUGUCAGUUUGUAACCGGGUCACAGAUCACUCCCUGAACUUUUUCAAGCGUUGCGGGAGCAUCUGCCAGAUUGACCUUCGCUUCUGCAAGCAGGUGACCAAGGCGGGCUGCGAGAGGUUCAUCGCCGAAAUGUCUGUGAGCGUCCCGUUUAGACUGAAGGAGGACAAACUGCUGCAGAAGACGAGCUAGUUCACAAUGAUCAAAUGGAGCGAAAGACAAUUUGCACUUAUUGGGACGUUUUUGCUUUUCAUACCGGGCCUGCAGUAGCUCUCGGAGUUGAUGUCACAAUUAAAGGAAUCAACGGACUGACGAGAUGGACCAGAGUGAGAAAGAACGAGCAUGUGUUUGUGUUGAGAUUGUAUUUCUAUAUAAAAAAAAAAUGUGCUUGUACCGAA